GACCAAGGCGAGGAAAUUCUCGUCUGUGCUCGGACAUCGCCGCAAGGCAGCAACUCCCUCGGUAAUUUCACCUUGUCGCUAGGUUAUGUAGCAAGGAAGGUUUAUUCUCACUCUACAUUGGUUGUCUUGCAGGCUUCCGACGCGUCUCCUCCACCUCCGCGACGUCAGCGCAUUGUGACGAUCGGCGAGAAGGAGGCGCGGGCGAAGGCUGCUUGGGCCAAAUUUGGGGGAACGUCCAGCGCAUCCCCUACCACGGUGUCGACAGAUGUCGUGCCCGUGGUCGGGAGUCGGGAGGCGACGCCAAGCGGCCCUGUCAGCGAUCCCGCUGGGGGUCGUAGUCUGCCAGAGGCCGUCCUCACCUGGGAGGAGCUCCAAGUUGAAAUGGGGCGCCUUCUCGAAGCUGGUGCUCGAGGCAUCGGCCGCGAGAUCUCAGAGGCGAGGGCGGAGACGGCGGCGGCAAACGCGCGUGCCGAGCGGUUGGUGCGGGAACUGGCUAAAGCCCGCGAGGACCUCGCCAAGAUGAGGGAGCUGGUGGCCGGGAACGAGCGCCAUCGCAAAGGGCUCGAGGACCGCAUGUCGGAACUUGGAGACAAUCUCUCCGAGAUCCGUGGUUCGCUGCAGGUCACCUACACCGGCCUCCACCAGCUCGCCAGGGAGUGCGGCGUUAAGUCUACGAUCCCGGUGAACCCCGAUGAGUUCUCGUUGACUUCUUCUCUUGCGGAGCUGGCGACGGCGAUGGGGGAAAUCCCCUCCAAGCAUAUGGCCAGGAUCGCGGAGGAGACGUCCAACGGUAUCUACACCGGGGCGUGUCACGUCCUCGCAUGUGUAAAGUUGUCGCGCCCUGAACUCGAUCUGUGUGAGAUCUUGGAUCAGGGGGUGGCAAGCGACACACGUAAGGAGGUGAUGGAAGAAGUCAGUGACCUGGGGGAGUCUGUCCUCCCCCUUUUUGAAGAGUAGGACUUCUUGUAUUUUUUUGUCAUUUGUAAAUCUUGAACUCUGGUUGCCUUCGUGCAUAUGAUUACCAUCCUUGUUCAAUAUUGAUCUCGGAAGUUUUUCUUGUCGAUUGUAGAGAUGCUGAUGACGAGGAUGUCCAGCAGCGCGGGCAGCCUGAGUCACUGGCGAUAAUUCCGGUAUUCGAAUUUGAACCACACGUCUCACAUGAUGUCGAGGACCAAACUCUUGAUGUGGAGGUCGAGAUGACGACAACCACCUCAAGUGAGUAGCCUAUUUAACUCCGUGUUGGGUUAGUGGUUUCCAGCUUGUCUUAGUGGUCGUUAUGUUUAGCAGGUCUCGAGGAUGCCCUUGCAACCCAAGAUCGUCGCAUCCAAUAUUGGAAGACGAAAUUUGAAGUGGCGGAACUCGAGAGAACCAUGCUAGUCAUGAAGAAAGAGCAAGCCGUGGAAACGCUCCGAGGCCGCGAGGUGUGGUUUGCGUCAUAUUUAAAGAGUUGCUGUACCUCAAUGGCCCGGGUAUGCAGGGAGCUUCGAGUAGUCCGCAGCGAUCCUGAGGAAUCGGCGGCCAGGUACAUCUCGUUGCUCAACGGGGCCUGUGCCCAACUCGAUGGCAUCGACAAGUGUAUUGACGAGGCCUUGAAGCAAGAGUGUCGUCGAGCAAGCCGAUAUGCCGGAGGACAUGUACUAGCUUGCCUGCGAGAUCACCGCCCGCGCCUGGAUCUUGAAUUCCUCCAUGAAGGGUUUGCUCGUUCUCGGAGGACUCCGGCGGAGAUAGACCACCUUGCGAGGUCGAUGUCGCCAUUAGCCGAGAAGGUAUUCCAGUCUAUGGACUGGCAUUGGCCCUCUUGGUAGUACUCGUGGCCUGUUACAGAUGUCUUAGGAAAAAGUGUAAUGUAGUGGGAGAUUUAUGUCAAAAACAGUAAGAAUUAUUAUGUGUAUAAAGAAAUAUUCCUUAAACAAACGCAUCUUACUCUGGAUGUUAUGUGUUAGAGUGUGUUCUCAGUUAACGACCUCGGCCGUUUGAGUCAUACACUCUCCCUAGCCCCCAGCC